CAUUCAAAAUCAUAUCCUAUACUCACCGUUGUACAGUUAUUAAUCCGGUCUUAUAAAGCACCGCUGCCGUUGUGUGGCUUUAAAGUAUUAUCGUUUCAGUGUAUAGAAGAAAUCCUCCUCUAGUCAUCAUGAAAUUCCUGAUUGUAUUAGCCGUUGUUGUGGGCCUGGUGUCCUGCCAGAAAGCCGCUCAGAAGGGUGGUAAAGCCGCGGCGGCACCGAAAGCCGCUGCAAAGCCGGCCGCCAAAUCCGCAGCUCCCGCGGGUGGCAGCAGCAGUGGCAAGUAUGUGUGGGAUUAUCUGAAGCCGGCGCUGGAUGCCGCUGAAGUCGCCGCUAUCCUGCAAUCGAAAUCCGGUGACUAUCCGACCCUGGCGGCUAUUCCCGAUGAUAGCAGCUUUGAUUGCAGCAGCAAGAAGCAGCCGGGUUUCUAUGCGGAUGUCGAUACCAAGUGCCAGGUGUUCCAUCGCUGCGAUAUCAACGGGAAUAAGACCAGCUAUCUGUGCGUCAAUACCACCGUCUUCAAUCAGGUCACCCUCGUCUGCGAUUAUUUCUUCAAUGUGGAUUGCGCCAAAUUCGCCGAAUACGAGAAUUUCGCCAACUCACGAUUGUACACUGACCAGGAUCUGUUCGACACUCCCCCUGCUGACUAUGUUGCUCCCCAGAGCCGAUCCUUAGACGACAGCGGCAGCGGUAACCAGGUUGCGCCCAGCCCAGCCGGCAGCAAGACCAAGGCCACCACCAAGAAGGCCGCUGCCAGCAAAGCCACCACCACCGAGGCUACCACCGCCGCACCAGCUGAAGACACAACUUCCGCUGCUGGUGAAGACACUACUUCUGGCGCUGCCGGUGAAGACACCACCUCAGGAGCCGCCGGUGAAGACACCACUUCCGGUGCCGGUGGUGAGGACACUACCUCCGCUGCUGCUGGCGAAGACACGACUUCCGGAGCUGGCGGUGAGGACACUACUUCCGGAGCUGGCGGUGAGGACACCACCUCCGCCGCUGGAGGUGAAGAUACUACUUCCGGUGCUGGAGGUGAAGAUACCACUUCCGGUGCUGGAGGUGAGGACACCACUGCUGCUGCCGGAGGUGAAGCCACGACUGCCGCCGCAGCUGGAGGUGAAGGAGAGACGACUGCCGCCGCCGGUGGGGAAGAUACCACUGCUGCUGCCGGUGGUGAAGGAGAGACGACCGCCGCGGCUGGCGGUGAGGGAGAGACGACAGCUGCUGCUGGUGGCGAGGAGACGACCGCCGCGGGUGGCGAAGAGACGACGGCUGCCAGUGCAUAAUUGACCAAAAAUCGUGAUCUACACUGCCAAAACAAGAGACUCGCUCAAGACACUUGUGUCACCUUUGAAACACCGCUAUAAACUCGAGUAGUAUUCGCACUUAGGGGGGCGGCAGGGUUUUCCGGGUGCCUUUGUCCUAUGCCUUUGUUGACCUUUGUUUAACCUAAAACUUUUUUCUGCUUUUUGCUACUAUGUAUCUGCUUCCGCGCUCUAAUUAUAAUGUAAAAUUCAUGUACUGCAGCUUGUCCACUCGCAUUACUGUAUGAACCGUGUAUAUGAAAUCAUGCUUCGAUCGAUAAUAAUAAACAUCUGAUCAGCUA